CUUGAAUGGUUCGUGGACAAAUCUCGAAAUACCGAUAUAUCGACCGAACAUAUCCGAAAUACUCGCGAUGAAAAUCCUCAUCAAGCUCGUGAAGGCGUACCUGUUUUCAUCCGACUGGCCCAUGGCUUCGAAAUUCGAGGCUUGGAUUGAGUGGACCGCCGAUGUCGAGCUCUGCCAGCUCCUCUUCAAGGGUCUCUUUAAAUUCCCACACGCCGAGCCAGUGGAGGGGCGUCUGUAUCCGAACACUGAACGCCAGAGAGGCCGAAUCCCACUCGGAGUACCUCCCUCGAAUGCCGGUGGGCAAGGAACCCCCUCGGGCCCCGCAAGUACACGUUCCAGUCACACUGUGCAGCCCCCGCCCCGUGGUAAGAAGUCGUUCGCCGAAGCCACCCGUCGACCCGCUGGCGCCAAGCCCAACCAAGUGAAUAGGGGUCAGGGAACCGGCUCGAUCGUUGGCCCGAUGGCAGGCGUGAGUACCGGUGGAUCGAACAACCCUAGUCAGCGCAGACCUACCGGUCAAAGUGCUUCCACGUCCUCUAGACCCAGACAUCCCAAAUAUGUUCCCUUCGAUUACACCGCCGAGACUCCUCGACAACCCAGACCCAACCAUCAUCCGAUUGUUGAUGAAUCAGGCGAAUUCAUGUAUUCCGUCGACCUACAUGGGGCUCUUUGGAAGUUUGUCAUCCUCGACAAGAAGCGCACAGCCCUUGAUACCAUCGGAAAGUACUUUCGUGUCGUCCUCGAGGUCCAAAAGCACGAAAACGGUAUCACUUUGUGGGCGCAGCCUCCACUCGAGGACGAGGGCCGGUUCGCACAGUUCCAGCAUCGUCCACGCCCGCGCGUCGACCGAGAACUUUCGGACCCUGUUAAGCAUAACCUCGAACUUGCGUAUGACUUUUUGACCCAUUACAUGCAAGAAACACAAAUCUACACCCGGACCAAUAGGAAAGGCCCAAACAUCCUUGAUUUCUUCGAAUACUUCCUUGACCCAGCAUUCAAGCCGCUUAGAGCCCGGCUGGAACCAGAAGAGUUCGGCGAGGAUGACGAAGACGAGGAGGAGAAGGAGCGGGAGGCCAGCCAGACUCCACCAGCCUCCACCGCCGCCUCAAAGUCCGCACGAGGCCCAGCCCCUGCACAAGGACCACCACAGUCGAGUGUAGCUCAACCGCCGCGACGAGGCAAUGAAGCAACCAAGCCGGCUUCUAGCGCGGCUGGACGCCCAGCAACUCCAGCCCAGCGAGCUACUUCGACCGCUCCGACCGAUAGCGCGCAGAGCACAGCCAGCGAGCCAAAACCUUUCACUAGCAGACAAGUCAAGACAGAUGAAGACCCAUGGCCGUACAAGGUCAAUGCCAAGGGCGAACCUAUCCUGGCCACUCGAGACGACAUGAAAGACCUCUUGCCUGGUGCUUCCCCGCAAGAGCUCCAUGUCGCCACCGUGAAACACAACGAUAAGAUCCUCAGACAGCAUAUUGAAGAGGAAAAGACGCGCUGGGUCUACGACCGUGCCACCGGAAAGCAAGUUCUCUGGGGUACGUGCGUCGAGGCUAUCAAAGCUCGCGCGAAGGCCGAGGCCAAGAAGGAGCUGGUCCAGACUCCUGGAUUCGUUCAACAGGUCAAGCGGGAUCUAUGGUCAGAAUGGUGCGAGUCUUACGGGAUGGACCCCAGGGAUGGCCCGCCCAAGAAGCGUGCUCGUGCUCGUGCUCCGGCCCGCGCCGAAGACUCGGACUCCAUAACCACGACACCAACACCAGUUGGCGAGGGUCCCAAGCCUGGAAACCAAUCCCCGGUCACUGCCGCCGCGGUUUCAGAAGGAGUUGCGUUUGCUGCUUACCCUUCAUCUCGGAAGAGCCCUCCAUAAUUUCUCCCAGAUCACGAAUCUCGUCCUCUUUCUUGAGACUACAUCCUUG